AUGUCGACGGCGCCGAGCCUCGCGGGUGCGCGGGGCGUCGCGGCGCCUCGUCGUGAGCCUCCCCGCGCGAGGAUCGCAUCCACCGGCGCGAUCGGUCGUCGGCCGAAGAGGGGAGGCAUCGCGCGCGCGUCUCUUUCGGCACCUCCGGGGAACCGACGAGGCUCGGAGAGGUCGCGCGGAGCGGGGAGAGAGAUCGCCGCCGCCUCCGGCCGCGACUCCGGGCGCGGCGAUGGAUCCGGCGAGACGCACGUCGGCGUCGGCGGCGUCGCGUGUAUCGCGGCGCGGUCGUCGCGGUCGCGCAAGGUGAGGGCUCGCAUCGUUCGCCCGCCCCGCGCGGUCGGAGAACCCUCGUCGAAUACGAAACCCGUCCAGCAGCAGGACGACACCUCGCUGCCGUUCAUGCCCCCCGCGCUCGGCGACGCCGCGCAGGCGAUUGGCAUCGGCGCGACCGUCGCUUUCGGCGGCCUGGUCUUCGCCAUCUCCUUCGCCACGCUCGUCUUCUCCGGGCCGGACGCCCCCGAGGGCGCCAUCGCCGCCGGCACCGGCUUCAUCAUGUUCAGCGGACUCGCGGGCGCGUGCGUCGUCGCGGCAAGAUCCACCCUCCCAGCCAUCGCCGAGGUCCAAGACGGCCCGUCCGCCAUCUUCGCCAUCAUGGCCGCCGCCAUCUACGCCACGGAAGGCAUCGACGAGUCCGAGAAGCUCCCCACGGUCGAGGCCGCCAUCGCGCUCACGUCCGUGGGCACCGGCGUCGUCAUGUCCGUCCUCGGCGCCGCCAAGCUGGGAAACAUCGUGCGACUGCUGCCGUCGCCCGUGUCCGGAGGGUUCCUCGCCGGCACCGGCUGGGUCCUCACCGCGGGGGCGAUCAAGGUGCUGACCGGCACCGCGUUCGAACCCGCGAACGUGCUCGAUGCGGCGCACUCCCCGCAGUUGUUCACGGUGGUGCUCCCGGGCGCGGCGCUCGGCGCGGCCAUCGCCGUCGGCAACCGACUCAUCGGGAAAUUCUGGGUGGUGCCCAGCUUCCUCCUGGGCGGAUGCCUCGCGUACUUCGGGGCGCUCGAGUUCGCGCUCGGGAUGUCCCCGGACGACGCCCUACGUGCGGGGUUGCUGCUGGGUCCGUUCGAUCUCGCGGGCGCCGGGUACGUGCCGUUCGUGUUUGACGCCGACGCGUUGGCGAAGGUUCGGUGGGACGUGGUCGGGGAUCAGUUCCCGCGGAUGCUGACGACGUUCGGGCUGUCCACGCUCGGUCUGCUGCUGAUAACCUCGGCGGUGGAGGUGAGCACGUCUCGGGAAGGGGACGCCAACAAGGAGCUCAAGGCGGUGGGCGUCGCCAACGUGUUGGGGGGACUGGGCGGCGGGCUCAUCUCGUAUCACUCGUUAUCCGCGACGCAGAUUGCGCACAGCAUGGGCUCCCGAUCGAGGCUACCCGGCCUCGUGUGCGCCGCCGCGUACGGAGCCGCGCUCGUCGUCGGCCCCGCGCCGUUGGCGUACGUCCCCACGUUCUUAGUCGGCGGGCUGCUGCUGUUCAUCGGUUUAACCUUUCUGUACGAGUGGAUCGUGGAGGGUUACGAUAACCUGCCCAGGAGCGAAUACGCGGUGGUGGUUCUCAUCGUGGUGACCGUCGCGUCGCAGGGGUACCUGGCGGGCGUUGUCGCCGGCAUCUUGGGCGCCGCGGUCGUGUUCGUCAGCGACUACUCGAGGGUGCCGAUCGUGCGGGCCAGGCUGCAGGUGGGCGGCCGCGGCGGCAUCCGGAGCUCGGCAGCGAGGACGCGCGCCGAGGUGGAGGUCAUCGUGCGACUGGGCGGCGGCGUCUACGGCGCCAAGCUCCAGGGGUACCUGUUCUUCGCCACGGCGUACCGGUUGCUCGAGGAGAUUCGGGCGCGGCACGAGCGGUGUAAGGCGGACGGCGCGCCGCUGACGUACGUCGUCCUCGAUUUUCUCAACGUGGUCGGCGUGGACGGCUCGGCGAUUUCCGUCUUUGAGAAGCUACGCCGGUUUUGCGCGAGGGAGAAGAUCACGCUCGUGCUCUCCGACGUGGACCGGGCGGAGCUUCGCAGGGUCGUGGCGAUCACGCUGUUCGGCGAGGACCGACCCACGUUCGCGUUCGUCGAUCGCGUCGACGCGUCGGAGCAGAGCAAGCAGAUCUUCCGGGUGCCGCGGCUGGAGAAUUUGUACGACGAGGUGGACGGGCAGUACGCCGGCGAGGUGCUGGCGACGUGCGAGACGGGCGGCGUCGUGCAGGCGAGAGACCUGGACGCCGCGCUGCGGUUCGUAGAGAACUCCAUGAUCGCGCGGAAGGAGGAGCUGAGCGACUGGGGCCGUAGGUCCCUAGGCAGCCCCGGAGCUUCGACGGAUGACCCGGAGACAAACCCGGAUGAAAAAGACGCAUCCGGUCGCUUUGGGGUCCGCGCGAGCUCGUUCGACGACGCGCUCUUCGACACGGACGCCGACGAAGGGUCGGGCACGUCGUGGACGUCGUUCCAGGGGAUGGUCAACGCCGUCUGCGGCGGGGAUCCCUCGCUGGAGACGACGUUCAGGGACGCGUGGAGGCCAGUAAAGUUUCGCGCCGGAGACGUCGUGUGCGAACGCGGGGAAAUCGCCGAUAGGAUAUUUUGGGUGGAGGACGCCACCCUGCGGGUCGACAUGGCGCGCGGGAAGAUGAGCGAGCUGGUCAACACGAUGGACGAGUCACUCGACGACAUCGACCGCGUCGGGUUCGGGGGUUCGGGGGACGACGACGACGACGCGGGCGCGGGGGGCGGAGAGACGUUCGGCGAGCGGGUGUUUUCCGCCGGCCGGGGCUCAUCAAAGGUCCUGUACCGGUUCGGGGAUACCGGCGGGAACGGCGACGACGGCGUGGUCAUCGAGACGCUCGACGACCCUUCCACCCCGGCGACGGGCUCCCCGGGGGGCAAGGACCGGGACGGAGGCGGCAAGGACCGGAGGAUGGGUCCCAAUCGGGUGAAGGACGUCGCCGUGAAGACUGGCGCCGCCGCGGGAGCCGGCGGGUUACUCGCGUCGGCGGCGGCGACAGCGGUGAACAUGUCGACCGCCGCCAAGGCUGCGACGGCGGCGGCGGCGGCGGCGUCCGCCGCGGGCGCCGCCAUGACCGGAGUCGACCCCGGCACCGUCGUCGCCGCCGCCGGCGCGGCUGCGGAGGCGACCCAGCUCGCCGGGUCCGUGGCGCAGACAUCCGCCGCCGCCGCCCCAACCGUCGCGUCCUCCGCCGCCAACGUCGCCGCGGCCGCUUCCACCGCCAUCAACGCGGCGGCGGCGGCGGCUGGCGGCGCCGGGAUCGGCGGCGCCAUCGGCGGGCUCUCCUCUGCGGUUCUCAGGUCCUCGGACAAGGACGACGACGACGACGGCGGCGGCGGCAGAGCCGGGUCGGGCUCGGUCGACGAGGGGUCCUCGGGCUCGGUCGACCUCGAGGACGACGCCCUCAACGCCGCGGGCGAGGAGGCGCCCACGAGCCGCGGGUUUGGCAUGUCCGUGACGAGGGAUUUCAUCGGCGCGGUGGGUUUCUACCGCAGGGGCGGGGUCGGGCAGGUGAGGUUCGGUCGGAUCGUGGUGGAGAGUGGCGGGACCGGGUACGUGCUGGACGAGGAGACGAUGGAACGAUUGGAGCGGGAGAGCCCCGCGCUGGCGAUGCGUCUGCACAAGGUGAUGGCCGGGACGCUGGCGAACCAGGUCGUCUCUCGCAACAAACUCAUCACCCAGUACGUACGCUAA